AGAGAAAGAACAAUGGGAGUGUAAAUUGACGGGACAAGAAUGACAGGAUGUCUGUUUAAGUAGGAAUUUAGUUCAGGAAGAAGGUAGUAUGAAUAGUGAUGGAGUAGUUUAGUUCUUGUAAGGGACAGUAUGGUAACUGAGAAAUAGGCAGGAGUGUAAGAGCCUUAUGCGUGUGGAUGGCAGGUGCAGAGACCGAGCCAGCGUCACCAUCCGGCGGCAGAGAGUAGGCGAUGGCAUGGUUUCGUCCUGUUACAGACCCAGCAUUUAAUGCCACAACUCAAAACCUUCACGUCAUUCCACUUUCCAUCAUUACUAACAUUUCCCAUUCCACCACCUUCUCUUCAUCAUUACUUUCAUUCCUAUAAAUUCCACCUUCUUCUUCUUUUUCUUCUUCUUCUUCUCUCCCUCACAUCAUUCUCACCAUUUCAUUUCAACUGCACCAUGCUUUCUCACCACACUCUCAACCCUCACGCUCAACCUUUUUAUCUUCAACCCAACCAACACCAACUACUGUAUUUUCCUCGUCCUAUCUGUUACUACGUUCCCCCCUCCACCACCGGAUUUUACGCUCCCUUUCACGCCCCAAUCUCCGACCCUUCUCGUCAACGCGCCAAAACCGACACCUUUCCGAGCAAACUGUGCGCCGCCGCCACCGGAAACUGGCGCUACCACCGCAAGUUGUACAAAUGGCGGGUUAGAGGAAGGAAGAUUCGACCAAACGGUACGGCCGUUAUGCCGUUUCCUAACACCGUCAAAGAAGCCGAGUCCUCUUCUAUAACCACCGUCAUGAUUCGCAAUGUCCCUAACCAAUUCAAGUUUGAUGACUUGAUACACAUACUGGAUGAGCAUUGUUUGCAACAGAACAAGAGCGUUGUUGAUCCUGAGGAGUGGUCCAAGUUUGACUUCGUUUAUCUGCCGGUGGAUUAUAGGAAAUAUGCGAUGCAGAAAAGGGUUUCGAAUUUGGGAUAUGCCUUUGUUAACUUUACCUCUCCUAAAGCUGCGUUCAGGUUCUAUGUGGAGUUUCAUGGUCUCGAGUGGGAAGUUGCCCAGAACAAAAAGAUAUGCCAAAUCAACGUGGCUCAGUAUCAGGUUUUGUUGUCGUUUCAGGGAAUGUCUUUUUAUUUACCCUAA